AUGGAGGGCUACCCAAAGCCGCGCCACAAUUACGUCUACACACCUCGAUACGGUCAGCGCGGCGUCCUCACCUACGCAGGCCAGCAGGCAAACGGCGCAUACCCCUCCGGCGUCGCUGGCGGCAUCAUGACCGGCUACGGCUACGGCUACGGCGUUGGAGGUGUAGGUUACGCUAGCCCUGCAUACCCGGUAUACAACACUUCAACUUACUCCUACCCAUACUCCGGCGCCAGCUACUACGGCUCGAGCUACUACCCAAGCUACUCCACCUAUGGUGGGCUUGGAAGCUACUACAACUACGGACUCUAUGGCUCGAUGUACCCACUUGCUAACUUCUAUUCUCCAUAUCAGAGGUCUUACUACAACACGGUGCCGACUUACGGACAUACGGCAUACGUCUAUCCGCCUGGCCCAACUACGACGACGACCACCUACCGCGUCACCAACAACCAUGUCCCAGUCACCACUGCGCCGCAAGCCCCAGUGAGAGAGACAAGGACUGCAUGUGCACACACUAUGACACGCGAGGACAUCCAGAUGGAAAACCGAAGGAUUGCGACGGAGCGCGGUGCAUACAGCGCCAGGAAGAUCAAGCCCGCCGAUGCUCGCGACGACGACCCUUUCUGGUGCCGGGAGCGCAACGGCGAGUGGCACCUAAGGACCUUCUACCAGAUCGAGAACGAGUGCUACCCGGGUCAAUGGCUCAUGGACGCCGAGCUGGGUUUCCUCGUCUUUCACCGCGGCUGA